CUGCUUCUCGGCGUGGGGCCGUGCAGUGAAGUUUGUGUGAGAAGCUUUAGGUGGGGUGCUGGAACAGAGUCUGGCUGCCCUCCUCAGACUCGGACCAGGACCUGUCCUCCACAUCCUCGGGAACUUUACACGCUGGAAUGCCCACGCAUGCCAGCCACAGCCGUGUAACGUCACUACUCUGUCCCUGCCAGCCUGAGGAGAGACGUUUGUAUGGAAGCUUUACACAAAAUUAAAUCCGCGACAAAACGAUGUUCCGGUAUGGUUUGGUGCUGUUUGUUGACGGGAUAUUAUAUCUUCACGGACAACAGGAAACGCACCUGGUCCGUCGGAAAAUAUCUUCCCCACAGCGUUUCAAGUUAAAGCUAAGAGGAACCGGAACAUCCUUCCCGAGUUUAAAAAUAAAAUAAAUUGUGGAAACAGAGUUUUCUAUCCAGCUAACUAUCUAAACCAUUUUAAUUCCACACAUAAUAUAAUGAUAUAGCCCAGCGACUACUGUCAUGUGAUUAUUUUUGUGGGUGUUGAUGGUUCCCAUAGCUGACAGUUGUAACGAGGAGCCGUACGUUUCCGUUCCGACCCUGGCUAACGUGUUUUGUGCUUUGACUGUAGCCACCGCUGUCCCACACCUCGUAACUGUGGGUUGACAUUUUUUCAUUCAGUGCGAUUUUGGAGUUAAAGAGCGGAAGGUUAGUCGGUUAGCUGUCGACUAACGCGGUGUCGCUCAUUGUUGACGCUCUGCUUCGUUUCUUUUAAGCUAGUUAACGGUAGCGUUAGCAAAGCAGCUGCAGGGAUGGCGGAGGUUCCAGGAACAUCCAGUGAGACCAUAACGGAGACCGUUCAGACAAGCACGCCGCCGCCGCCCCAGCAGGUAAACGAUGGACAGCUGUUCGUGAGACAGGUGGACUGGCAGCCAGUGACAGUGUCCAUUAAAGACACAGCCGAACGUGCUUCAGCGUGCUGCUGCAUUUACGAGAAGCCCCGACAGUUUGGAGAGUCUUCCUCCGAGAGCGAGGGAGACGACGACGACGAAGGCUGCGGCAGCGCUCACUGCAUCCUGGGCCACGGCAGGAGAGGCCAUGGACAGACGGGGGGCGGGGGGACAACAGUACCCCCAAACUCUGGGGGGUCGCACUCGCACUAACAAAAGCAGGGCUGAUUGUGUGGUCUGAGGGCUCUUUGGCGCCACGACAAUGACACAUUAAAAACAAACAAACUGCA